UAAAAAUCCCUCUGUUAGAACCUCCUAGGGUUUUGUUAUCCUCAAAAGGCUCUACGAAUUCUAUCUUCAACAGUCUAAAAACACACACCUCAGUCACUCAGUCUGUAGUAGAUAAUACUUCUUUCCCAGUAAAGAAAGCAAUGGCGACAACUCAGUUGACUGCAUCAUCCAUUUCUGCUACAGGUUUUGCUUCCUUUGAAGGGCUUAGGUCAACUAGUAAUGUAAAGGUUGCAUCUUUUGCUCCUUUAAAGCAGAAUAUCAGGUUGUCUCGUGGUCUUGUUGUUAAGGCUGCAACUACUGUAGCCCCUAAGUACACUUCAGUUAAACCUCUCGGUGAUAGAGUUCUAGUGAAGAUAAAGACUGCAGAGGAGAAGAGUGUAGGUGGUAUCUUGCUUCCGACAUCAGCACAAUCAAAGCCACAAGGAGGUGAGAUUGUCGCUGUUGGGGAGGGUCGUUCAAUUGGGAAGACUAAAGUGGAAAUUAGUGUGAAGAAUGGUACCCAAGUGCUGUACUCAAAAUAUGCGGGAACUGAAGUUCUGUUUGAUGGAUCAACGCACCUGAUCCUGAAAGAGGAUGACAUUGUUGGUAUUCUUGAGACCGAUGAUAUCAAGGAUCUGCAGCCCUUGAAUGACAGAAUUUUAAUCAAGGUGGCUGAGGUUGAGGAAAAAACUGCCGGAGGAUUGUUUUUGAGCGAGGCUGCAAAGGAGAAACCUUCAAUUGGCUCGGUAAUCGCUGCUGGACCAGGUCUUCUCGACGAGGAAGGGAACAGGAAAUCACUUUCAGUAUCUCCGGGAAAUACAGUUCUGUAUUCCAAAUAUGCAGGCAAUGACUUCAAAGGUGCAGAUGGUGCCGACUACGUAACACUAAGGGCAUCUGAUGUAAUUGCUGUGCUUUCAUAGAUGAAUUAUAUCACAAGCCAUUCAUUCAUACCUAUUUUCGCGCGGUGUAGUCUAGAGAAGAGAAUGAUGCAACACUUUUGAAUAAACCUUUUGCAAAUUAAUGAUUAAUAUCAAAGUGUAGAAUGCAAUAUUAGAUACUGUUAUUUUA